CAAAAACAGAAGAACGGUGAUGACCUCUUGGCAGCCAGGGAGUCCAGGUUGGUGGCCACGGGGAGGAGGGGAUAUAUUUUCACCAUGGUUCCCUGACGGCAGCCCCCAGGACCUCAACCCCUGCCUCUCCAGAAUCCUGUUCCUCCUGGCCCUGUUGCUGACUUCAGCUCAUGGCAUUUCGUCCAACCUGGAGGAAUGCCUGGUACUGCAGUCGCCUGAGGGCAGCACCGUCUCCUGCCACCGUGUCACCAAGUUCCCGAGUCCCCUCCCGGCUGACACUGUCCAUCUGUCCGUGGAGUUCUCCAACUUGACGGAGCUGCCCGCCAGAGCCCUGGAAAGGUGUCAGCGCCUGAGGGAGCUGCACCUCUCCAGCAACCGUCUGCAGGAGCUGUCCUCGGGGCUGCUGACGCCCGUAAGCGGGCUGCGCGUCCUGGACCUGACCCACAACGAGCUCCGCGGCCUGCCCCUGGGACUCUUCCGCGCCUCGGCCGCCCUGCACACCUUGGUCCUGCGGGCCAAUCAGCUGCAGAACGUGAGUGCGUUGUGGCUGUGGGGCCUGCGUUCCCUGGAACACCUUGACCUGGCGGAGAACGAGCUGCGCGUGCUGCCCGACGGGUUAGUCCUUAGCCUGAUCUCCCUGAGCACGCUGGACCUCGGGUACAACCUGCUGGAGACGCUGCCCACCAGCCUCCUAAUGGGUCCCAGGCGGCUGCAGCGCCUGCACUUGGAAGGGAACCGCCUGCGGAGGCUGGGGUUUGGUAUGCUUGCACUGCAGCCGUUUCUGCGCGUCUUGUUCCUGAACGACAACCGGCUGACUGAGGUGGUGCCCAGCGCCUUCCAGAGCCUCCGGGAGCUGGACAUGUUGGAUCUGUCCAACAACUCUCUAUCCAGCACACCCCCCGGCCUGUGGGCGUCGCUGGGGAGGCCGGCCCGAGACAUGCAGGACGGCUUCGAUUUGUCGCACAACCCCUGGGUCUGCAACGAGGAUUUGCAGGACCUGUACCGCUGGCUGCGCGCCAACAAACAUAAAAUGUUCUCGAAGAACGACACGCGCUGUGAGGGGCCCGAGGCCCUGAGGGGACGGCGGCUGCUGGAUGUGGCAGAGCUGGAGUCCCUGUAGGAUGGCAACGGGGUGUGGGGCUCACCAUUCCCUCGGCCAGGAUUGCGGUUCCCUGACCCCUCCAAGCUCCUCGCUUCCCACACUCUCCCUCGGUCAAACCCCAGGCCACCCUGACAGGGGUCAUCAAAGCAGUUACUAAAACAGCCCCUGGGCUGGAGAGAUGGUUCAGAGGUUAAGAGCACUGGCUGCUCUUCCAGAGGUCCUGAGUUCAAUUCGCAACAAUCACAUGGUAGCUCACAGCCAUCUGUAAUGGGAUCUGGUGCCCUCU